GAAGGAAUGGCCUCAGGCAAUGGCUCCUCAGUGACCCAGUUUAUCCUGCUGGGUUUAACACAGCAGCCAGAGCUCCAACUGCCUCUCUUCCUCCUCUUCUUAGGAACCUACUUGGUCUCUGUGGUGGGGAACCUGGGCUUGAUUGUUCUGAUUGUUCUGAAUCCUCACCUGCACACUCCCAUGUACUACUUCCUCUUCAACCUUUCCUUCAYWGAUCUCUGCUACUCCUCCRUCAUUACCYSCCGAAUGCUGAUGAGYUUURUAAAUCAGAACAUCAUCUCUUAUGCAGAGUGCAUGGCUCAGCUCUUUUUCUUUGCUUUUUUUGUAAUUGAUGAGUGCUGUAUUUUGACAUCAAUGGCCUAUGAUCGAUAUGUGGCCAUCUGUAAACCUCUGCUUUACAGGAUCACCAUGUCCCAUCAGGUCUGCUUUAUGCUGAUGGCAGGUGGGUAUGCAAUGGGGUUUACGGGUGCCAUGGCCCACACUGGAUGCAUGAUGAGACUCAUUUUUUGUGAUGGCAACAUCAUCAAUCACUACAUGUGUGACACACCUCCUCUCCUGAAGCUCUCCUGCACAAGCACCUCCAUCAAUGAGCUGGUGGUCUUCAUUGUGGUGGGUGUCAAUAUAAUAGUACCUAGUCUUACCAUCUUUAUUUCUUACACUUUGAUCCUUUCCAACAUCCUCUGCAUCCAUUCUACAAAGGGCAGAUCCAAAGCCUUUAGUACCUGCAGCUCCCACAUAAUUACUGUUUCCCUUUUCUUUGGAUCAUCAGCAUUUAUAUAUUUUAAAUCUUCUCCUGCUGAAUCUAGGGAUCAAGAUAAAGUAUCCACAGUUUUUUAUACCAUUGUGGGGCCRAUGAUGAAUCCUUUCAUAUACAGUUUGAGGAACAAAGAUGUUCAAGUUGCAUUGAGCAAGACUUUGAAGAAAAUGGUGCUUGUCUAA